AUGUCUUACGGUGGCGGAUACCAGCGCGACUCCUACCGCUCUAGAAACGGCGGUGGUGGCGGUUACUCCAACGGCGGCUACUCCAACGGAGGCGGCUACGGAGGUGGUGGCUACAGUGGAGGUGGUAGCGGUGGUUAUGGUGGCGGCUACGGUGGCGGCUACGGUGGCGGCUACGGUGGACGAGGCGGCGGUGGUGCUGGUGCCGGAGAUCGCAUGUCGAACCUCGGCUCUGGCCUGAAGAAGCAGGACUGGGAUCUCGACUCUCUUCCCAAGUUCGAAAAGUCUUUCUACAAGGAACACCCCGAUGUCGCCAACCGCACCCAGCGUGAGGUUGAUGAGUUCCGCAAGAAGAGCGAGAUGGCCGUGCAGGGUCGCAACGUUCCUCGUCCCGUCGAGACUUUCGAUGAGGCUGGAUUCCCCCAGUACGUCCUGAGCGAAGUCAAGUCUCAGGGCUUCGAGCGUCCCACCUCCAUUCAGUCUCAGGGUUGGCCUAUGGCUCUUUCUGGUCGCGACGUCGUCGGUAUUGCCGAGACCGGUUCCGGAAAGACCCUGACCUACUGUCUCCCCGCUAUCGUCCACAUCAACGCUCAGCCCCUUCUCGCCCCUGGCGAUGGUCCUAUCGUCCUUGUCCUUGCCCCUACUCGUGAGCUGGCGGUUCAGAUUCAAGCCGAAAUCACCAAGUUCGGAAAGUCCUCUCGCAUUCGCAACACCUGUGUGUACGGUGGUGUCCCCAAGGGUCCCCAGAUCCGUGACCUGAGCCGUGGUGUUGAGGUCUGCAUUGCCACCCCCGGUCGUUUGAUCGACAUGCUGGAGGCCGGACGUACCAACCUUCGCCGUGUCACCUACCUGGUUCUUGACGAGGCCGAUCGCAUGCUGGACAUGGGUUUCGAGCCCCAGAUCCGCAAGAUUAUCGGCCAGAUCCGUCCCGACCGUCAGACCUGCAUGUGGUCCGCUACGUGGCCCAAGGAGGUCCGUCAGCUUGCCUCUGACUUCCUCAACGACUACAUCCAGGUCAACAUUGGUUCCAUGGACCUUUCCGCCAACCACCGUAUCACCCAGAUCGUCGAGGUCGUGUCGGACAUGGAAAAGCGCGACAGAAUGAUUAAGCACCUCGAGAAGAUCAUGGAGGACCGUGGCAACAAGUGCCUUAUCUUCACCGGCACCAAGCGUAUCGCCGACGAAAUCACUCGUUUCCUUCGUCAAGACGGAUGGCCCGCCCUUUCGAUUCACGGUGACAAGCAGCAACAGGAGAGAGAUUGGGUCUUGAACGAAUUCAAGACGGGCAAGAGCCCGGUCAUGGUGGCCACUGAUGUGGCUUCCCGUGGUAUUGAUGUUCGCGACAUUACUCAUGUGCUGAACUAUGACUACCCCAACAACUCGGAGGACUACGUUCACCGUAUCGGUCGAACUGGUCGUGCCGGUGCCAAGGGUACCGCCAUUACCUUUUUCACCACUGACAACUCUAAGCAGGCUCGUGACUUGAUCACUAUUCUCACUGAGGCCAAGCAGCAGAUUGAUCCCCGUCUCGCCGAGAUGGUCCGCUACAGCGGAGGCGGUGGUCACCACGGCGGUUACGGCCGUUGGGGUGGCCGCGGCCGCGGCCGUGGAGGCAACUUCACCGCUUCCAACGCGGCGCCUCUUGGAAACAACCGCCGCUGGUAA